GUCCAGCGUCGGGACGCUGUUAGUGUGGCGGUGGCAGCGGCAAGGUUCGGACGCUCAGAUGAUGGCGGCCCACCCGACACCGUAACUUAUAUGCUAGAAAACCCUUAAACCCGCGAAAUUUAAAUCAAAAUAGAAACGCAUCUCCGACAGCGAAAGAGAUUAGCAUUAGCUGCAGCGAGAAUUUUCAUUCGAACAUAGAACAAUUAGUUACAAUAAAUGAUCUUCAAAUGUUUAUAAACAUUAAAAACAUGUUUGUGUUUCUGUUCGCAAUCGGAGUUAUUUCAGAUGUUGCAGAGGGUUUUGAUUCGCAUCUGCGAGGGCCGGCGUUUGUCAUGGAGCCGCCGACGAGGCUGGAAUUUUCCAACUCCAGCGGUGGAUGGUUGGAUUGCUCGGCAUCUGGUAGUCCGCAACCGUCAAUAGACUGGCUGUCAGUGGAUGGGACUUCCGUCGGAGACGUUUCCGGGAUCCGGAGGGUCCUUAGGAACGGGACUUUAGUGCUACUUCCGUUCGCGGCUGCCGCAUAUCGACAAGACAUCCACAGCACUGUCUAUCGUUGCGUCGCCUCGAAUAACGUCGGCAGGAUUAUUAGCAGGGACGUUCAAGUCAGAGCCGUGGUCACGCAGGCAUUCAAAGUGGACGUGGAGGUCCAGGGAGCUGCGCGCGGGUGCACGGCCGUAUUGAAAUGCGUUGUUCCUGCAUUUGUGAAGGAUCUGGUCAGGAUUAUAUCGUGGGUUCAAGAGCCCUCUUUCUAUAUUUAUCCCUCGCUACAAGGAGACGGAAAGUUCCAUCAGUUGCCCUCUGGAGAACUGCUCAUACACAAUCUAGAGUUCAGCGACCAAUUUCCUUCCUACCGGUGCAGGACAAUGCAUCGUCUCAGCCGACAGGUCAUUGUCAGUAGUCCUGCCAACGUACGAAUUACAGAGCACCGAGGCAUUGUGGCACCAGUGAUAAUAGAAAAUUCAGGGACCGUGACCGUCGCGCAGGACGAAGGGGCGGCACUCAUUUGUAUUUCGCAGGGAUGUCCCACGCCGGAAUACAGGUGGUAUUCACACACUUCGCUGGAGCCGACCUUGGUAAUUCCGGGUCCAAGAAUUCGACAAUUGGGCCCAGUCUUGGCAAUCGAAGCCGUAACUGCCGAAGAUGGAGGCGUGUACCGCUGCACAGCGUCGAAUGCAGGCGGUGAGGCGAGUGCUGAGUUGAGACUUCUGGUCUCGACUUCUCUGCACGUGGAAAUCUCACCUCCCGUGUUAAGCGUUCACAUGGGCGGCAGUGCUGAAUUCAAAUGCGUCGUUUCUGCUCAAAACGGAGGUCCUUAUUUAGUCACUUGGUACAAGGAUGGAAGGCAACUGCCAAGUACAGGACGAGGGACGAGCGAGGCGCUCGUCGUCAACAACGUGGGAAGGGAGGACAGAGGAAUGUAUCAAUGCAUCGUGAGGAGGGCCGAGGGAGACACAGCACAGGCCGCCGCUGAAUUACAAUUAGGAG